UGAUUUAUGACGUGGCGAGUUCUGGCAGCGUGUGAAAAGCGCGUAUGGAGACAUAGAUUUAACCGCUAAGUCAAACAGAAGCGAGAAGACAGGGAAAUGGGGCUGUCGUGCUUUGCUUGUUUCGACGGUGGCAGCAAGUUACGGCGUCAGGAAGAAGAUAGAUUAGAAGCUGCUGAAGCUCGCGCUAAAGCUGCUGAAGCUGCUCAGAAACGGCAAGAGGAUUUUGAAAAAUCUGCUGCCGGCAGAGCUGCCCGUGCACAGCUACAGGGGAUGGCGAAACAAUCAGCGAAUACUAAUAAAGGCGAACCCGUUCUAAAGUGGCAAAUGAGUUGAGGUUACUUGUGCCUGUUGUCUGUGCAGCUAAAAGCUCUAUUGAUUUCACAAUGUACUUAUCCGGUUUCUGUCAUUCUGAAGGCUUAAUUGUAAUAUAUCAUUGUUAAGGAUGUUACAUCAGAGUUGUAAAUAUCUUUCACAGACUCGAUGUGUAAUCAUUCUGGUGCAGAAAGAUUGAUGAGCCAUUUUUUCAUGGUGUUUCUGAUA